CUGCCACCCUCCUUUGUCCCGUGCAUCGGCCUCGUUGCUGCCUGUCUUCGUUUUUCGUUCGACCUUACUAGACACCCAUUUCCAUCAAUCUAUCACGUUGUCUCUACGCUCUACGCUCUACGCCCCUUCCCAUCUCGUCGAGUCUCACUUUCAUCCACCCCUCCACCCCGUGCUUAUCGCCAUGAUUUGAAAUCGAUCGCUUCACAACCGUGGAUGUCUUAGCAUCGACCCCAGAUACAAGACCAGCACCUGACCAUGGCAACGCUGGCGACAUCUCCGCCCUCCUCGCCCUCCUGGCCGAAGCGGCGCCCCCGGGCGUGGGCCCUCCGCAUUGAACGCUACUGCUGCACGGCGGCCUCUUACUUUCCCCUGGCCUUCGUCUACAGCCUGACCACCUGGGCGGUCUACGUCGAGGCUAGCGUGGGCUUCAAGCCUGCAGAAAGCUCUUGGAUCGGCCUGCCCAGUUCCUUCCUCGGUAUUUUCCUCUACGUCUGCCUAAAUACAUGCUACACCAUCGCCGUAUUCACCGACCCCGGAUCCCCUCUAGCCCCCAGCGGCCGCGGUCGACAUGAGUACAGCGCUCUGCCGGUCACCGAGCUCCCACAAUAUACCGCCUACACGGUGACCUCGACGGGCGGGUCCCGGUUCUGCAAGAAAUGCCAGUGCCCGAAACCGGACCGGGCGCACCACUGCUCGACCUGCAAGCGAUGUGUGCUCAAGAUGGACCACCACUGUCCGUGGCUGGCGACCUGUGUGGGGCUGCACAACUACAAAGCGUUUCUGCUGUUCCUGAUCUAUACGUCGAUCUUCUGCUGGGUGGAUUUCAUCGUGUCGUCCAUCUGGAUCUGGAACGAGAUGCUGGACGACAGCAAAUAUAUUGAUGUGGACCGCAUGCUGCCGAUCAAUGUGGUCCUGCUGGCGGUCCUGGGUGGCAUAAUCGGACUGGUCCUGUCGGGGUUCACCGUCUGGCAUAUCAGCCUGGCUCUGCGCGGCAUCACCACGAUCGAGUGCCUGGAGAAGACGCGUUAUGUGUCGCCGUUGCGGAAAGCGCUGGAUCGCCACCGCUACGAGCAUCUGCUGGGGAGUGAGAGCGGCGAUGCGAGGGACGGGCUGAGCCACCGGCUUCAGGACUACGGAGGUCAGAUACUCGAUGCACAUGCGAAUGCCAUUCCAGGCGUGACUCGUCCGGAAGAAGGGGAGGAACAGAUCCCGCCACCCAGGGAAGCCCUGUCGCGUGGACCCGGCCAGGAGCACCUCACGCCCGCCCAGCAGGCGCUGUCACGGUCCUACGCAGAGAUCGAGCGGCAGCGCGAGCACGACCGGUACCAGAACUACCUGGACGAGGAGGACAGCGAGAAGAUGCCCCACGCGUUUGACCUGGGAUGGCGCCGCAACCUGCGACAUCUGUUCGGAGACCGACCGCUGCUCUGGCCGGUGCCGGUGUCCACGACGACGGGAGACGGCUGGCACUGGGAGCCGAGCAUGAAGUUCAUGGAGGCGCGCGACCGGGUGCGGGUGCGGCGGGAGCGCGAGGCGGCGGAGCAGCAGCAGUUCCAGCGGGACUUGUACCAGCGGAACAUGAACAACAGCCAGAGCUGGCUUGGGCCGGACCACGCGGCGUCAUGGACGCCCAGCCAGCCGCUGGAUGUGGUGCGCGAGCCGGAGCGGCCGGACACGGGGGUGUCGAUGAAGACGCUGCCUCCGAUGUCGCCGCGGCCACGGCCGGGGGAGAGCCUGAGUGACGAGGAGGAUGCCGUGGAGAGACGAGGUCGGGGGGACGACGAAUGGCGGAACUGGGACUGAUACGAUAGAGGUAUAUAGUUGUAUACUUAGCACGGAGUACGGGUGUUGAUAAUUAUGAUAAUGAGGAACCGUCAGAUCUAGC